GUGCAUAGGCUCAAUUCUUAAUAAACUAUAGCUUCCUAAAUGGAGUUUCAGUCUUUUCAGUGUUAAUAGUUGUGUAGAGAUUUCCUAAUUUAAAAAUUGCAUAUGGAUGCAAACGUGUCAGGCCCCAGGAAAGUGGGAAGGGAUGGCCAGUCCCUGGGCCCCUGCUGCUUUGAGGGCCACCAGGGCUAUCACACAUGCAGGGUGCAGCAGCCUCGUUCACACCCAGGGCCCCCAGGCCAGGAGGGCAGUGAAUGCAGAGCUGCAAUGGGACUUUAAGGACAGGCAGAAUCUGAAACCAUAGAACAAGGGUUUCUGUCUCAGAACACCAGGCACUUGGGCCACAUAAUGCCUGGCGUGGUGCUGGGGCCCCGUGGGUGAUACAAGAGUGAAACUACAGAGUAGGUGAGAUAAUGAUCACUUUUCUCCUUCCCCCAAGUCCUGAGUCACAGCUUCCAGAGGGAGCUAAGUCCAACCCUUCUAAACGGCACCGGGACCACCUCAAUCAAGAGCUGAGCAAACUCACCAACUUGCUGCCCUUCCCUGAGGAUGUGUAGGUCCGGCUCGACAAGCUCUCCAUCCUCAGGCUGAUUGUGGGCUACCUGAAGAUGAAGAGCUACUUCACAGCCACCCUAAAGGACAGCAAUGCAGACAGCUCAGCUGACCCACUCAUGAACCCACGAGGAAGUCAGUGUACCUCUCCACAGGUCAAUGUAGAACUGUUUUCUGAGGGGGACUUGCUUCUUCAGGCCCUGGACGGCUUCCUCAUGGCUGUUACAGAAGAUGGCUGUGUUUUCUACGUCUCUCCCACUGUCCAGGACUACUUGGGAUUUCAUCAAUCAGAUGUCAUCUAUCAGAAUGUGUUUGAGCUGAUCCACAAGGAGGACAGAGCCAUGUUCCAGAGCCAGUUAUGCUGGUCUCCAGACACAGCACCUGUCAGCAGAGAGGAGGAGCAGGACACCCACUCUCUGCCUGGGGCGAAGAUCCCCCGACUUAGUGGAGCCUCCACUGACAGCCUACAGCCUCUGCCCUUGGAGGACCCCUCCUAUCUGGAGAGAAGCUUUGUCUGUCAGUUCCGCUGCCUGCUGGACAAUUCCUCCGGGUUUCUGGAGUUGAACUUCCAUGGCCAUCUUAGACUCCUCCCUGGAAAGAACAAUAGGUCAGAAGAUGGCAUCCUCGUGUCUCCUCAACUCACCCUGUUUGCUAUUGCAACACCUUGCCAGCCACUCACCAUCCUGGACCUCCAAAACAAAACAUUUCUUUUCCAAACAAAACACGAAUUGGAUUUCACACCAAUAGCCUGUGAUUCCAGAGGCAAGGUGGUCCUGGGUUACACGGAGAGCGAACUCUGCAGGAGGGGAUCGGGCUACCAGUUCAUCCACGUGGCCGACAUGAUGUACCGUGCGGAGAACCAUGUGCGGAUGAUGAGGACGGGCGAGAGCGGGCUCACGGUGUUCCGGCUGCUCACCAAGCAGGCCGGCUGGCUGUGGGUGCAGUCCAACGCCCGCCUGGUGUUCCGCAGCGGCCAGCCCGACUGCAUCGUCGCCCGACAGCGAGCCCUAACGAAUGCGGAGGGGGAGGACCACCUGCACAAGCGGGCGCAGCUGCCAUUCACCUUCACCACAGGGGAGGCCAUCCUGUAUGAGAGCAGCCCCUCAGGCCCCCUGACCACUCUCCCAGCCAGGAAUAGGACCAAGGCAAGGAAUGGCCCUGCCACUGGCCAGGGCCCUGUGUACCAGGGCUCUCUCCUUGGAGCCACGAUGCAGCAAGAUGAACCCAUGUACUUGUCCUGCAUCACUCCCACCCCUCAAGGCUCACCCUUGGAGAGGUGGGGGUCUCAUGACAGAUGUGAGGACAAGGAGGAGAAAGAGCAAGAGGAAGACAGCUCCCUCUUGACCCUCAUCGAGACCCUGCUGGAGAAGGACAUGGAAGAACAGCCCGAUCUCUGCUCCACUCUCCAGCACCUGGGGGUCGCCGACCUUGACCAGCAUCUGUGGGAAGAGGACCUUCUCAGGGCUGACUCAGACUCUGCAGGGCCUCAGAACUGCUGCCUGCUGCCUCCCAGCCAGAGAAGGGGCCCCCAUAGCAAGAAGGAGGCAUUUUUUCUUGGCAGAGGGGAUGUGGGCUUGCCCUCACUCGCCGGCACAACUGCUCCACAGACCCUGAGGCCACAGUCUUCUCUGGGCCGAGCGCAGCCAGCCAGGGAAGUAACUUCCCCUCAGGACACAAGCACAGUGCCCAGCUACCUUCAAGCACAUCCUCAGCAUUUUCCCAUCUCUGGCCCCACACUCCAGAGCCCCCCCACAGAGGCAGCUUCAGCACAGCCAGGCAGCACCUGUGGAUUUGGAGAUAUGCCAGAAUCCAGCAAUAUUUUACCUCGGCCCACUGCCUAAGGCCUCGAGUCCCAGCCAGCCUGCUCAGGUGUUUCCGCCAAACCACACACCUUCACUCUCUUUGGAAGAAAAUGUCCCUGGACACCUGGCUCAGCCAGGCCCUGGUGUUCUAGAUUUUUGCAAAGAAUCCAUGCCCUGGACACUCAGACACGGCGGUCAGUGUCAGAGGCCUUUGAUCACCUCAGACCCCACCUCCUGUGUCAACCCAUGUGGCACUCGUCACUUUGUCAGCAUUUGGGAUUCCCCCAUCCAGGGCCAGCCAGUAGUGGUCCCCAUGGAGUGGGGGUCAGGGCAGGGAGCAGGGCAGACCCAUCCUGACUCCUUCAGCCACCCGUGUUCAACUGUGGCUGACCCCUGUCUUUCAUGGGAAGGGCCAGCCCGUGACCUUCCUCCCAGUUUGUGCAGGGGUCGGCCCCCAUCUGUGCAAGGGGCACCGGGUACACCAGAGGACACACCUGGGAGUCGAGAGCACCCACCCCACUCCCUGAGGGGAAGCCAGCUCACAGGGAGCCCUGCCUGUCCUCCCCGGGCGCUUCUACAGGAACCCUUGGUUAUACCAGGCUCUUAUGGUGCAGACCCCAGCCCAGCUGCCAAGCAAGAGCGGUAGGUACCGAUGGGGCUGCAGACCCAGGAAACUUACAGGUGGGUGAGAGGACGGGCGCCAAGUGUCCAGCACCCAGGUGGCCGCCUAAGAGACGCCAUUCCAGAGGCCCCACAGCUUAGCCCCUUUCCCACCCCUGACUCCAAGGACAGCUCUCCAGGCACUGGCAGCAGCCACAGCGACAGCCCAGCUGAGCCCACAAGGCAGAGCAAGGACAGACUGGCUAUCCCAGCCCCAAGUGCUGUGAGCAGACUGCAGGGGCAACCCAGCACCACCCUGCCUCACUGCCCUCCUGACCCUGCCUGGCCACCUGCAUCCAUGCAGAGCAGCCAUGACCUCCAGCUCCAGAUUCCAAUGGAAGUCACCCCCGCAGGACUGUGACCCACCGAGGAGCAGAUGCGCCUCAGCAGUGUCUGCUGAUACAGGUCCUCACGUGGCAGGGAUGCCUCAGGGCUCAGCGGGAAUGCAGAGCAGUUUCCCUGAACCCAGCUGCCCCAUGGAGCUGCAUCUGAAGCUCCCCACACACACAAAGCUUCUUCUGGGUUUUCCACCCCUUUCUCAUUGUGACACUGUCAAUCCUCACUUCUGGGCUCUCAGCCUCCCUUCUCUGGGGGCCCUGAGCUCACAUCCCUUUCCAAUUUUUUGUUCUCCAUCUGUUAUAGGUUAGAAAAUCAGAAGAUCAAAUUUGUUAGACUUAUAUCUGAAACCAAAGUAAAUAGAUUCCUGAUUCAAGCCUUGAACUUCCACCUUCUAUAAACAAGUAUCAAUUUCAGAGUCCUUGGACUAACCCCGUCUUCUAUAAUUUUGUUCAAACCCAAUGUUUCCCAUUUUCCUGACAGCAGUGUUACCAAACCACAGUUCCCAGCACCAUGGCACCCAGGACUCCAUGCCCAAAAGGAAGCACGUUUUCCUCCAAAUUCUGACUUAGAAAAGCAGUGUCACACUUUGCACCCCAUGUGUGCCGAGGUGAUCUGGGGCCUUAACUACUGACAUUUUCCCUGGAAUUGAAGGAUCUUAAACUUUCAUAUUGCUUGGUUUUAACUUUUUUCUAUGUGUAUGAACUCACAUAUCUGAAAGCUUAUUCUCUG